CAUCAGACUCAACAUGCAACAACAGCCAAGCAUAAUAGCCGGGCUAUGCCAGACCAGAUCGAUCGAGUCUCGCACCUCAUUCUAUUGUUUUCAUGGCAAUAUCCGACAAGAUGACAGACUCGAAAUCAAAGCCGAUGAUUGUCAUCAUUGGCGCAGGGAUUAUCGGCCUCACCACUGCCCUCAGGCUUCAAGCCCAAUUACCCUCCUCAUCAACAGACAUACUACUGGUCGCCAAAGAAUGGCCCACGUCCAUCCCAGGCGCACCCCCCUCUCACUCUGUCGACUAUGCGUCCAUGUGGGCGGGCGCACACGUUCGCCCCAUCCCAGCUUCAACCCCACAGCUCACACGCGAAGCAGCAUGGCUGAAGACGACGUGUACCGAGUUCGCAAGGCAGGUCGAAAAGGAGCCGUCCAUUGGCGUGACAAGCACAAAAGGAGUUGAGUUCCUAGACAACCCACCAAAAGACUACGCAGCGCAGACAAAGGAGAGCUUCGAGAAGGAGACGGGCCUCGUCGGAUAUAGAAGAUGCAAUACUGGAGAGCUCCCAGAGGGCGCGAAGCUGGGGUACGAGUACUCUACGUAUUGCAUCAAUGCGCCGGUGUACUGCGCCAACUUGCUCAGAAAGUUCAUUGCGAGAGGUGGGCGGACGAUGCAGAGAGACCUCAGGACCGAGUGGGAGGCCUUUAUUCUGCGGGACAACGUGAAAGUGGUAAUCAAUGCGAGCGGUAUGGGGUUCGGCGACACCAAGUGCUUUCCCACAAGAGGCCAAACCGUUGUCACAGACCUGGUCGAGGCCACGAGGACAGUGACAAGACAGAACCAAGAUGGCUCAUGGAGCUUCAUCAUUCCUCGCUUCUUCGCUGGUGGGACGAUCAUGGGCGGCACCAAAGAACCGGGAAGUUGGCAUGCCGAGCCCAAUCCCACCCAACGGGCGAAACUGCUCAAGGGAGGCAACGCGCUGACAAAGUACGCCACGGACGAGGCGGUCAGAGCACCACAGGACGUCAAUGUGAUUGCCGAUGUGGUCGGUAGACGGCCCACGCGUGACGGUGGGGUGAGAAUCCAAGUCGAAGAGAAGCAGCUCACUGGAAGAGAUGGUGAGUUGAGGACAGGCCACGUUGUUCAUGCGUAUGGCGCCGGGGGGCGAGGCUUCGAGAUCAGCUGGGGCGUUGCGGAUGAAGUGAGCCAACUAGCCUGCCAGGUUUUCAGAGAUCUUAUUGGAACGAAGUCAAAGCUAUAGACUGCUCGGUCUCGUACGAUGCUGCUGUUUUUGUCACAAGAAAGCGUUAGAUGAACCAAAUACAAAGUA